UUUUUAGUCAGGCGGACACGAGAGAUAUCAAAGGGUCCUUGGCAUGCAGAAUGUGCAAGGGAUGCAAGACAAGGCAUCACACGGGCUUUAUAAGCUACGUAAUACCGCUUCCGGUUCUCUCGCGUGCCACUUAAGCCAAGAUGACCAAGAAAAGGAGGAACAACGGCCGUGCCAAGAAGGGCCGUGGCCACGUUCAGCCCAUCCGCUGCACCAACUGUGCCCGCUGUGUGCCCAAAGACAAGGCCAUCAAGAAGUUUGUCAUCAGGAACAUUGUUGAGGCAGCAGCUGUGAGGGACAUCUCUGAGGCCAGUGUGUUUGAUGCUUAUGUGUUGCCAAAGCUGUAUGUUAAGCUUCAUUACUGCGUGAGCUGCGCCAUCCACAGCAAAGUGGUGAGGAACCGUUCACGCGAGGCCAGGAAGGACCGCACGCCACCUCCUCGCUUCAGACCUGCUGGUGCUGCUCCAAGAGUUCCUGCUAAGCCCAUGUGAAUUGGAGCAUUUUGCUGAUGUUUGUACGUAAAUAAAUAAUACCCCCUUAAGACCA